UUCGGUUGAUCUGCAUCUGUUGUCGUUUCUUUUAAAGCACGUGACUUGUCGUUAACCGUAAAUACCGAACAGGUGUUUAAAAAAGCACGGAUGGAGAAUACAAAGGAACCGAAUCUUCUACAAAUAAAAUCGACUGUUUUUUUCAAAUGUGAAACCGCUGGUCCGGGCUUCGUGUUUAUACCGCGCUCUAAUUGACAAGGUGGCGGACGAAUGGAAGAGGGGAUGCGGCGCAUCCGGUGGCAGAUUGUCCAAUUAUCACGGGUGCCGGGGGCGGGGCAUGAGUUCUGAGUCGAGGCCGAGUUGUUUAAGAGACUGGAUUCCAUGGAGGAAGAAGAGGCCCAUCUGAAAUCACCGAACCGAGGGAGUCUAACACCCCCUGAUUCAGAGGCAGUGGAUACUGAGCCAAGUACUCUGCUCCACAAGUUAAAGGGUGGUAUCAGCAAAAAUGUUCAGUUAAAGGUCGACAAUGUUCUGCAAGAAGUCAAAGGGUUUACAGAUUCGGAGAAGCUCUACCUCUACCUCCAGCUCCCUUCGGGCCCCAGCCAUGGAGACAAAAGCUCCAGCAUCAGUAGCAGUGACCCGUAUCCCACAAGCACUGCUGACCAAAUGCAUGCUUGCAACUGGAUAAGGAACCACCUGGAGGAACAUCCGGACACCUGUCUACCAAAGCAAGAUGUCUACGAUGCUUACAAACGUUACUGUAAUAAUUUAUCCUACCGGCUCCUGAGUGCAGCAAACUUUGGCAAAAUCAUGCGCGAUGUCUUUCCGAACUUCAAGGCUCGACGGCUGGGAGGGCGAGGCCAGUCUAAAUAUUGCUACGGUGGAAUUAGAAGAAAGACCGUGGUCAGCAUGCCUUCCCUUCCAAGCCUGGAUUUGAAGCUCCCAGACCCGCUGGAGGCGAAGGAAGCGGACAAGUCCCAGCAGAACGAUGUGCUGGUUUCAGCGGCCAUCAGCCUGAUCUGUGAGUGGGCUCAGCGGGUGCUGAUGAGGCAAUUCGACUCAGUUGUGGACCUGGCCCGUUUCCUCGUGAUGGAGCACCUCAUCAGCCCCAGGACCAAAAACGCAAUGCUGGUGAAGGAGGAGCUUAUGACUGAAAAUAUAUUGAAAACCCAGAAAGACCCAAUGCAGCGACAGCAGUCCAAGAUCACUGGGAAGGAAGCUGAGGAGAGAACUGGAAUGUCAGAGACGGAGGUUUCCAAGGGGGCAGCGCCGAGUGUCCAGAGUGGGAAGGAAGACGGGCUGCCAGCCAGUCGUGGAAAGCAGAUCAGCACAGCUGAUGUCGACAGUGUGAUAAAUCGCUUCGCCCCCAUUCGUCCUAAGGCACAGGCCAAGAAACUGCUUACAAUUCCGACUGCCAGUAUUGGUCCCUGCGUCGCCCCCUCUGCCUUGCCCGUCCGUAUGGGUGCCAUCCCACCUCCCGUGCCACUCACUCUGCCACCAGGGGCCAGCAGCACAGGGAUCAUGGCUGCGGGAAGUGUGCCAAUGCUGAAGAAGGUUGCUGUCAUCCUCCCGGGUCCUGCGCCAGAGGUGACCCCCUGUGCCAGCUUACUCGACCUGUCCAUUGGCAAGGGUCCUGUCAGCAGCAAGCCUAAGGAUGGAAAGCACUGGCCUGACCAGCCAAAAAGCCCGCCGGCCAGCUCCUCACCGCGGAAACGCCCGGCAAGUUUGAUGCCAGCCUCUGAAGACAGGCAACCCUCCAAGAAGAGAAGGGGCCGUCCUCGAAAGGCGUCUGAAGGGAAGGGGGAUCCUGGCGGGAUGGCCAUCACCACAGACAUGCCUGCAGCCUGCCUGCUAGAGAGCACACGUCACACCAAACUGGGCACAGGUGCCAAUACCACAGCCCCUCUGCCAGUCACCUCGCCCGUGGAUAACACUAUGAAACUGCCAGAGAGAACCUCACCCUCACCCCUAGUCCCCAGUCAGCUAAGGACUAACUGUGGGCUCGUGGAGCUGGGAGUGCGCCAGACCUCUGUGAUCAGGCCACUGCCCAGUCUGGCUUGCCGGGACUCUGUGAGCAGAAACAGUGACGCACAGGACCCCCAGGACUCACUGGCGGCGGCCGCUCGCCCUCAGUAAGGCUUGACUGGGUGAGCAGAAGUGAGCACCGGGAAGGUGGGGGAAUGGGGGUAUCGUAUCUACAAGUUACACGCACGCUACUUAGUUCCACAGUUACUCUACGGGACUAUUUUGCCUGCUCAACAUCACCCAGUAAGGAAUUUAAAGCCUCUUCCUCUCCUACCCCACUCUUGGAGGGACCUGAUGAUUUGUGAACUCAGUCUACUUUUCUACAUGCUGUUCUGUUUAAAAACUGAUUAACUGUUUAAUAUUUGACAGAUACACGUGUUAAUGGUUCCAAAAAUGAGAAAUCUAUGUUAAAAUUAUUUCCUCUUAAUGCUUAUUUUGUGUGGGGAGAGACAAUAUUGACUAAUCAUUCCCAGGGUGUCUGUCAGUGUUUCAGUUGAGUUGAAGGUGAAGGGGGCGGAUGGCAGAAUUGACAUUAUGCUGGGCACCACAGUUGCACGAUGCUAUAAACAGCUUGGGGCGGCAGAAUUCGGAGUUCAAUUCUGUAGGGAGUCUGUAUGUCCUUCCGUGGAAUGUGCGUAUUUCCUUCGGGUGCUCUGGUCUCCCCCUACAGUCCUGAGAUGGACUAGUUAGUUAAUUGGCCAUUGCAAAUUGUCCUUUGAUUAGGCUAGGGUUGCCUUGAAGGACCAGAGGGCCAAUUCAGUGCUGUAUAUCUAAAUAAAUCUAUCAUUCCUCAAGCAAGGUAUUUACUCGUAGAGUUGAAAUAAAGGCAUUGAAUUGAUAAAAGCCUCAGUGCACUGUGGAAAAUACAUGUUACAAAACUGCAGUGUCUUUCAUGGGUAGAAGCAAACAAAUUAUUCUGACAAAGUUCAGUGACUGCAGGAGAGUUGCAUGAUCUUAUUUAAGUGUCCAGUGUCAACCCUGGUGUGGCCUCCAGGCUGAUUGACAGCGGAUCUGUGUCAUCAUCUACUGCAGCCAAAUCGAUUUUAAUUGAUCUUGCCAUCCCUGUUCACCACAGUUACCGUGUUGAUGCUCAUAUAACUUUGGCAAGGUAUUUCUCUUGUGUUAUCCUGCCAGUCUUUUGACCUAUGCCAAAAGUGGUGCUUGCUACUGCUUCAACCUCUCUAACAGCUGCUGACCCCCUGCUCUUUCAGUCUCUGCCAUUGCUUUUUGUUUAAACAUAAGAAAUUCUGCAGAUGCUGGAAAUCCAGAGCAAUACACUUAAAACGCUGAGGAACUCAGCAGGUCUGGUGAAAUUCAUGAAAAUGUUCACACAGUCAAUGUUUUGGGCUGAGACCCUUCUUCAGGACUGGAAAGAAGUUUUCUAGGGAUGGUGCAGAGGGAAGCAGGGACUUGCCUCCUGUCCAUAUAUGAUCACAAGGAGACAGGGUGUUCUGUUGUAACACACAUAAAAUGUUGGAAGAAUUCAGCAACUCAGACGGCAUCUAUGGAGAGAAAUAAACAGUCGAUGUUGCAGGCUGAGUCCCCUCAUCAGGUGCUAUGAAAACUGUAAUAUUUCCUAAUACUUAUCGAUGGGAAAAUUCAUCUGCAUCGCAUUCUUUUGACUGCCUAUGAACAAAAUCAGCACAGACUCCUAGUGUAGAUGAUGGACUGCCUUCAUACAAUGCUGUGAAUGAUUGCAUCCUCCACAUCUUCAUUUUCAUUGUAACAUCCAAGAUGAUUGUCGAUACUUUCAAAUUCUUCGUAGUUUCUAACUUGUUGAAGUAGUGAUUUUCACUCUCUGCCGUUUUUAGCAUCUCCAAGUCUGAACACUUGAAACUGCAGUGAGUAAAUCUGUUCUUACUCUUAAUGUCACCAACUAUCAGUGAGGAAAAUCACUGCUUUUAGAGCACAAGCACUUCAAUGGUUCAAAGGUCCAAGUUAAUGUCAGAGAAAUGUAUAUUACAUCCUGAAAUGCUUUUUCAUUGCAAACAUCCACGAAAACAGAGAAGUGGCCCAAAGGAUGAACGACAGUUAAAACGUGAGAACCCAGAAGUCCCCAGCUCCCCCUCCUGCACAUAAGCGGCAGCAAGCAACGAUCCCCCCUCCCCCACCAACAAAAAAAAGCUCAACAGUUCCAUCACUGAGCACAAGCGUGUGCUAAGCAAUAGCAAAAACACAGACCAAAGUUACCCCAAAGGCUUCGCAUUUCAUCCGACAUUGACACACCACAGGUUCUCCCUCUCCCUGGCAAGGGAGGUGUCCCCCAUUUUCACAGCGAGCGGAAGACAAAACAACAUCCCACUGGUUUACAAUGUUAAAGGUCUGUUUUGUUGCUUUUUUCGAGCUCCGUGUCCAAAGAUCGCAAAAAAAAACUGACGCUAUUUUAAAACUUAUUUUCGCUCAAGCAUGGUGUGUCUAAUGACCAUGCACGUUAGAAACUGUUCGGCAACAGUCUCCUGUCCCAAAGAAGCAGCAUCGUGUUCCAAAUAAAUGAAGGGAAUCCUGGCUAUUUUCUCCAUUCGAUGCUGCCUGACCUGCUGAAUUCCUCCAGCAUGAGCAGAACCUCUUGUUUCUGUUUCCCUGCAGAUUUUGCGGACUUACUCCAAGUCACAUCAGGGGUGACUUAUUCCAAGUCACUUUUCCUGAACUGUUCAAGUAUAUUUUGUUGAAACUGUUUCCCACCUUGUCACUGUUGGUUCACUAUAUUGGACUGACAUUCUUUGUAUUCAGUCCUCUGUUGUAACAUUGUCAAUGAACAAGCAUCGAUCCAGAUAGUAGACCCUGGAUCCUAGUGGAUUCUCAUUCUCCCCUCCCCCCUCUCCCCCCCUGCCUUUGCGCGCAAACACACACACACACACACAAUAAAUUGGUUUCCUGGGUGAUUCCCAAUUGCCUGAGCAGGCUGGGGAAAGUUCAAGGGAUGGAACAGUACAACAAGCCUGUGUUUGAUCCCACUCCCUUCCCUGUUCUCUUCCUCUUCAGAGCCCAGCAAUUGGUUUUUUCUCAAGUAUUCAACCCCAGAGAGGCCCCGCGGAUCUGAUUCCAUCGCCCUUUCAAGGGAGCAGGAGUCAGACUGCAGCUUGGGGGUAAAGUAAUUCUGCUCAUCUCAGCCCAGCCUGAUGCCUGUGGAACUGGAGACCCUUCACCAGUUCAAACCCCUUCUCCAUAAAAAGAGACGAGCUGGUCAUCACAUUGCAGUCUCAGAGCUGUGUAAAUGGGCUGCCUUUAACAUGACUGGGCUUAGAAAUUUGCCCUUCAGAUGUGAAGGAUGAGAAAUUGUCUAUAGAAAUUGAACUAUUUUAUUUAUAUAUCAGUGCCUGAACCCAAAGAACUGAAGAAAAUUAGUGAGAUAUUACCAAAUUCAGACAUGAUACAACUACAGAGCACUAUAACCAAAUAUUAUUGUAGGUGUAAUAGUGCUUUCAAUGUGUGUAUUUUUAAAUGGUGUACAAAGGUACAAAAAGGUAUUUGUCUCUUUCUUCCUUUUUCCCCUCUCUCCCCCUCAAGUUAGUGGAGUAGCAGGUUAAUAUAUUUCAAAUGGAGUGUUUGGAAUUUAACAUUUGGACCUUAGGACGAGGGAGCAGAAUUAGGCUGUUCAGCCCAUCAAGUUGCUCUGUCAUUCUAUCAUGAUUCUGUCUAUCCUAUUCUGCUUUUUCACCAUAACCUUUGACGCUUCAAUUAAUCAAAAACCUAAUUACCUCUGCCCUAAAUAUACCCAAUGACUUUUACUCAACCUAGAAAAUGCAUUUUGAAUUGUUUAAAACACUGGCUGGAUUUAUUUCAAUAUUGCCCUAAACCUCCCCAGUUCUAGGACCUUUGAUGCAAUAAUUUCAGAAAUGCUAAUUUUUCGCUUGUAAAAGUGUAAUUGAAAUGGAAGUUGUAGUUUGGAAGCUCUCUGUCCCAUUAUGCCUAUGCUGGUUUCUGAAAGAGUUUAAUUUUCCUUCUGCUUGAGUUUUGCCCAUGAGUGGUUAUCUAGUUUCCUUCUGAAGGCUCCCAUUCAGUCUGGUUCAUGGCAUUUUAGGCAGCACAUUCCAGACUGUAAUUUGUAUUAAAAUUCUCCUCAUCUUCCUUCCCGUUUGCUUAAAAGCUGUCUUUGAUUUUUGUCCCAUGAUACUCUGGAAACAGUUUCUACUUGCCUCUGUGAUCAAGACCUUUGUGGCAGCGGUGUUAAAUUCUAGUUCUCCCUUGCUAUGAUUCCAUUACCACUGGACACCACCCUCUUGCAUCUGUCCAACUGAGGUAAUCUUCUUAAGCCCAUCACCUCUGUCACUCAAGGUGUAGCACAUCUUCAUUGAUCCUUCCUCUCCCAGCGAUGAGGUCUUUGGAGCUUCUUCUGGUGUUUACUCUGUAGCUCUGGGUUUUUAAUGGGAUGGGGUUCCAACCCUCCAUUUGCAGCCAGGCUUGGGACUGUCCAUGGUGAAGUUAAUUUGGAAAAUCUUGCCAACUAAUGAUUAUUGUAAAGCAUAGGGGAUCCCAUCCUAGCAGUCAGGAGCAUAAGACCCUGACUGAAUUUCCUCACUGGAGUGAAAAUCCCAGAGGUCAGAUUGGACUUUUGGCCAAUGCAGCAAGUUGCAUGAAGUGCUUUAAAAUUAUCUUCAUUGCUAUUUGGAGAAUCCUGGCAGUGAAAAAGGUAUAAUGGAAGUGCAAAUCCUUUAUCAUUUGUCACCAAUCCAACAAAGUUAUAUGGCUUUUGAGGUGUGUGUUCUUCUCAAUUCGUCUCAGCACAACCAGUGCAACAUAUGUGCGCCGUCAGGUCACAGAGAUGGCAUGCGGUCAUGUGACAGUCUGGAGCCUGGUGAUUGACGAGAGGGAUUCAGAGACAAUCUGUGUGGGAGUGGGGUUCUGAAGUGAGCACCUGCAGCAUCCCCGGAAUAAGAAAACUCAGCUUCUUUCUGUCGCUGGGAAAGUUGGAGGAAUGAUGGAUGGAACAAAGUGAAUGUCUGUGAUCGCUUGACGCCUCUGCUUCUUUGCUUUCCUAUAUGUUGCUAACAGUAAUUCCUGGGCGAUGCCCAAUAGUCAGGUAAUAUUAGUAAGAAAACAGCUAUAAUAUCAGACGCACAAUGGACAGAAAUGACCAGCACUCAACUGCUAGAAAGUGUGAUUCACCUAAAUAUGCAAAGGAUAUAAAUUUACUUCAAGUAUUUGCAUUGAUGUAGUGCCUUUUCUACAGUAGAAGUUCCAGUAGGUGUUGCACUGAGUCACAAAAGGGAAAUGGGUCUGAUGUUGAAAGAAGUUUCUUUCUGUGAGAAGAGAAGGAGGGAGGGAGGGGGUUUUUUAAGGGAAGGAAUUCUAUAACUUGGGAUUUGGACACAGCCAUCACCAGUGAAACAAUGGUACAAUGAGGAUUCCUCCAAAGGCCGGAGUUGUAAGAAUGUGGAGACCUUGAAUUUGAGAACUGGAGAAAGAGAAGUUGUGAGUUGGUGCGAUUCUGUGCCAGGGUGAGGAAAGUAGGACUAGUAGCCAGCUAAGCACAGAGGAAAAUCUCAGCAUGAUUUAUGACACUGAAGUUGAGCUUUCAAUCAGUUCAGCCAUAGGAGAUGUGAAAAGUACAGAAAAGCUGGACUACCAAAUGUUGGGAGUUCAUACCUACCUUCUUAAAUCGUCUGAUAGCUGGAGUGAUCAGAGAAAAUUUGUGGGGUUGGGAAACUUGGGAAUUAAAAUACUGGGAGAUUUUUCCAUGAUUCUCGGGGAAGGAGGCUCCCUUUGAUUUCUUAGAAAGUUUGUUGCCCUCCAAGUUUGCCUGUAUUUAGGACAAUAAUUAUUCUCAUCAACCAAAAACCUGCUGAAGUGACAACAACUGUCUGGUCUCUUAACAAUUUUGUCUAUGUUCUGAGAGAAUUUUAUUUACUGAACUAUAUAACAUAAUGAUGUUAAAAUGUAAAUAAGUUGAUAGCAAACAGCCUGUUUGAUGUGUACAUCCAGCUCUUUUGGGAUUGCAGAGCAAGAAAAUGUUCCCUCCUAGAGCUGUAUGGAGUCACCGUAAACACAAGUUGUUGAAUAUGCUCAGUAGGUCGGGCAGCAUCUAUGGAAAGAGAACGCAUGAACAUUUCAGGUCUGGGACCAUUAGUUUUCAGUAGCAGUGGAUAUGGGAGAGGGAAUAUCGCUGGUAGGGCAAGACUCGGUGAAUUAAUUCAAAAUUAAAGAUUGUUUAAUGCUAUUUCCAGUACACAAGUGUGAACGAACAAAAUAAUUGUUACUCUGGAUCUGGUAAAAAAAAAACACAGUAAGAGUCAGAAUCAUGUUAUCAGCAUUUGUCAUGAAAUUAAUUUACAACAGCACUAUAGUUAAAAUAAGUAGUGCAAAAAACCCAAAUAAAACAAUGAGAUAGUGUUCAUGGGUUCAAUGUUCAUUCAGAAAGUGGAUAACAGAAGGGAAAAAGCUGUUCCUGAAUUGCUGAGUGUGCGCCUUCAGGCUUCAGUAUUUCCUUACCAAGAGGCCAUUUCCUGGGUGGUGGGGACCACAAUAAUAAUAAUAAAAAUAACUAUAUUGUAAAUAUAUAAGAUAGCUUACGUACAUGGAUUAAUUGUACAUCCAUAAAGUGACUAGGCACAGAAGUGCCUGUAUGUACAUAAGGUGAUUGACAGGAAAUAAUAAAGUAAU